GAUCAUCGAGCUUUGACGUUCUCGUGAUCGGUGAGUUCGAGGAACAGAACUUGAUCAAGAAGAAACAGAGACUAAAAAGACAAAAGAAGAAGAAGGUGGAUUUUUGUUUUCGAAGAAAGAGGAAUUAUGAUUUCUCAAAGAAGCUAUUUUGUUAUAUAAAGGUUGCCAACGGAAAAAAAAGAAGGAAUUGUUCAAAGAAAAGGAAAUUACUCAUACAAAUAUAAAAAAAGGAAAUUGUUUAUAUCGAUAAUAAAAAGUUACCGUUACAACAGCUGAAUUGAGGUGACUUGCGUUUAUUGUAGUUAACUAGAGAUUCAAAAAUUGAUUACCGUAGAUGGUCAGAUGAUCAUAGCAAUCGACUAUUAGAGAUUGUAAACAACCGAUUUUAAUUAUAUAUAUAAAAAAAAAAAAAAACUUGAGAAUGAAUAAGAUAAUAUCAGAAUCCAUAUCACGUAGGUGAAUAAUAAUAAACAUUUUUGAUAGACAAGAAGAAGCUAUGUUUGGACUCGAUCCCGGAAGAACUCGUUCAUUAAAUCUGUCUCAAAAUUCCUUGGUGGGUUCUAUUCCUGAAAGCUUCUCCCAGUUGAAGGACAUUGAGAGCCUUGAUCUUUCCUUUAACAAGCUUUACGGUCCUAUCCCCACUCCCCUGACAGGGCUCAUUAAUUCUCUAGCUGUUUUUAAUGUGUCUUACAACAACUUAUCUGGCUCCAUUCCUCAAGGAAAGCAGUUCAACACCUUUGGUGAGAACAGCUAUCUGGGCAACCCUCUUCUUUGUGGACCACUAACCAACAGAAGCUGUGACACAGACAAUUGGAAAGAACCAGAUGAAGAAAUAUUAAUAAACGAUAAAGCUAACAUUGAUGCCGUGGCCUUCUAUUGGAGCCUUGGCGUGACGUAUGUGACUGUUCUGGUUGGAAUCUUUGUGUUUAUAUGCUUUGAUUCUCCUUGGCGCCAAGGAUGGUUCCACCUUGUUGACGCUUUUGUCCGUUUGGUUCAAAACACAUGCACAUAGCAUUGGGUGGCUGUUGCGUGGAAAGUACUCUUGUAACGUUUGUACAUGUUUGGAGA